CGUAGUUCCGCAUAAUCUCUUCCUCGUUGGAACAGAGCGAUUCACCGUCUUCCAUCACGGGCGUCGAGCGCCCAGAAGAAUGGAACUGGCCCUCAUUCUUGCGGAUUUAUCCACAAUGGAGAUGCUCCAAAUCGAAAUCUCGAUCAUUAUGGCCCUUUUCGUCUCCAAUAUUCCCAGCAGCCUGCUCCAAUCUAUUAGUUGCCGUUAUCUGUUGCAAAGAUCGAUCCAGGGAGGACUCUGAGAGAAGAGACGAAGGGCUCGCCUAUCUCUUUGCUUUCUUUUCCUUCAAUUUGCCGUCUAUGUUUCUUCUUUCCAGCUUGCACUUUAGGCUUUUAAAGAUCCUCGUCCUACAGCUUUAUCUUCUUCGGACCGCUGCUUACAGCUCCGUGUCAGGGCUUUACGGUUUUGAUUAUAGGGUCUUGCUUGGUACGUACUCUUUCUUGCUUUCUUUUCGUGUGGGUCGUAUUCAUGGACAUCGAGCCGGUAAAGAGAUACGGAAACAAGAGGGUUAACCAUAGAAGAGGGUCUUCACAAGCGGCGCCAGACCGCACAAGCAACAAGGUCUGCUACCAUUGGAGGGCAGGGAGGUGCAGUCGUUUCCGUUGUCCAUAUCGUCACAGCGAGCUACCGCAGCCUCCUGAUGGCGCCAUCUCCAACAGGUCGGCUUUCAACGAAAAUAGAGGAUUCCAUUCCCAGGGGCUCGUUUGGAGAAACUCCAAAAGCUACAACGCCAGCAUCAACCAGGGUCCUAGUUCAAGGUGGGGCAAAGAUCACCCAGGAGAGGUCUCUGGCAUCUCCAAGCCGCUUCUUAAAUUUCACGAUAAGAUCUGCAACCAUUUUAUAGCGGGGACUUGUUCAUAUGGGGAGAACUGUAGAUUUCUGCAUUCAUGGUUUGUCAGCGAUAGCAUCUCUCUCUUGACUCCUCUUACGGGGCACCAAAAGGGUGUCAGUGGAUUUGCUCUUCCUGCUGGGUCUGAUAAGCUGUACACAGGAAGCAAAGAUGAGUCUGUCCGGCUAUGGGAUUGCGAGACAGGGCAGUGUGCUGGGCUGAUUAACUUGGGAGGUGAAGUUGGCUGCAUGAUUGAUGAAGGCCCAUGGAUAUUUGUAGGGAUUCCUAAUUCUAUUAAGGCUUGGAACACACAGAGUGCGACUGAUUUAAGCCUUAGUGGACCUACGGGACAAGUUUAUGCCAUGGCAGUUGGUAACGAGCUGCUAUUUGCUGGAAUACAGGAUGGAAGUAUUUUGGCAUGGAAGUUUAUUUGUGUUGAGAACCGCUUUGAACCAGCUGCUUCACUUAUUGGUCAUCAACUAGCUGUGGUUUCACUUGUUGUGGGAGCAAUGAGGCUCUAUUCUGGUUCUAUGGAUCAUACUAUAAAAGUUUGGGACAUUUGUACUUUACAAUGCAUCCAGACUCUAACAGACCAUACAUCUGUUGUUAUGUCUUUAUUAUGUUGGAAUCAAUUUUUGCUAUCGUGUUCAUUAGACAGCACAGUAAAGGUUUGGGUUGCUACAGAAAGUGGAAAUCUUGAAGUAACCUAUACUCACAAUGAAGGACAAGGCGUGCUUGCGUUGCGCGGCAUGCACGAUGCGCAGAACAAGCCCGUCUUGUUUUCUUCAUGUAAUGACGACACUGUUCGCCUCUAUGAUCUUCCCUCAUUCAGCGAGAGGGGUAGGAUCUAUUCAAAGCAAGAGGUGAGAGCGAUACAGGCUGGCCCCGGCGGACUGUUCUUUACUGGAGAUGAAACUGGAGAGAUUGGAGAGAUUAAGGUCUGGAAGUGGUUGAAUGAGGUUCAGGCAGUGCCACCAUCAGCUUGACGAAGGAAACGGAAAAUAUUAAUUGCUUUAUUAUUGUAAUCAUAUGUUAUUAUUUCAUGCAUCUUUUAUGAUGAAGGAAACCCAGUCGUGAUGUGAUGAGUGUGAGAUGUGAAGGCAAUGGGGAUAUGUUUUUUUUUUUUUUUUUAAAGUUUUGUUCAACUCUUUUGCGUUCUGUUAUUAUUGACUAUA